AGAAUCAACACUGAGAUGCAGACAAACAAAGAGAAGCAAAGAGAAAUGGAAGCCCUUUCUAACAUACGUUCCCCUUCACUACUCACAGCUCCUUUGGAUACCCAGGUGCUUUCAAAGCAGAGGAAGCAUAAAUCUCCACACAGUUUCAUGGUUCCUUCAAACAUCUCUGUCAGGCUUAGCAAAAUCUGUUGUACACUGUCAGAAAGUGAGAUUGAGGAGAACCCCACAAGCAAGAGUGCCCCUAAAUCCAAGGACAGGAUGGAGGACUACAAUACAGCUAUGAAGAGGAUGAUGAGGAGCCCUUAUGAGUAUCACCACGAUCUGGGUAUGAAUUACACACUUAUAACUGAGAAUUUGAUUGUGGGAUCCCAACCACAGAAACCUGAAGAUCUGGAUCAUCUUAAAAAGGAAGAAGGUGUGGCAUACAUUCUAAACUUGCAGCAGGAUAAGGAUGUUGAAUAUUGGGGAAUAGACUUGCAGUCAAUAAUAAGACGAUGUCGUGAACUUGAAAUUAGGCACAUGAGGAGGCCGGCAGUAGACUUUGAUCCAAACUCCUUACGAGGUGCACUACCUAAAGCAGUCUCAUCCUUAGAAUGGGCAAUUUCUGAGGGAAAAGGAAAAGUUUAUGUGCAUUGUACAGCUGGACUUGGAAGAGCUCCGGCAGUGGCAAUAGCUUAUUUAUUCUGGUUUUCUGGCAUGAAUCUAAAUACAGCAUAUGAUAUGCUAACUUCAAAGAGACCUUGUGGACCAAAUAAAAGAGCAAUACGCGAAGCUACUUAUGAUUUGGCUAAGAAUGAUCCAUGGAAGGAGCCAUUUGAGAAUCUUUCCGACCAUGCUUUUGAGGAUAUUGCAGACUGGGAGAGGAACCUGAUUCAAGAUCGUAUCCGCUCCCUUCGUGGAACUUAGACAACUUUGGUUUCUAUUUAUCAAGAUUCCUGCAUCACUACAUAAGUUGGCAACCCUGCAUGGAUGGUUUGAGAUUCCCUGAUGAUACUGCUGUAAAAUGGAGAUUUUUUUUAUCUAAGCAUAGCCAUAUAGGAUUAUAGGCAUAUAUAGCUUGUAAGUUGUAUGAAAUAUUCGGUAUAGUAUUGUAUGGAAAAUAAAUCAAUUUUGUAAUCAAUGCACCAUAAUUUUAGACUUUGUAAUAAUAUUUGAGACAACAAGCUUAGUUACUCUUAUGGACAAUCCUACCAGCAAGCAGGAAAUUGGUUCAUCUUUGAUGACA